AUGUUUAAAAACCACAAUAAUAAGAUCAAACAAAAACUCAUCAAUAAGCUCAACCAUCUAAUGACAGCACAGAACUUUGCUCUUGAGUCGUUCCGCACGACUGAUCGGUCCAAAUGGAUCAUCAAUGCAUGUGAUAAACCGAUUCCACAACACGUUCUGGAUAUAUUGAGCUUAGGUGACAAGUUUGGUCUUCCCAUCGACAAGUCGAAUGAAAGAGACCGACGCAACUUCGUACUUGAUGUUAUAAAAAACUUUGAAAUUAACACAUAUAAAAUACCUGAUGAUAUCGUUGAUGAGACACGAUCUCAGAUUAGUAACGCAUUAAACAAAUUUCUAUGUGGAAAUAAUCAUUUUAACUUUAUAGACAAAUUUCUACUAAAACAGUUUUCCUCUUGUCACCGUUUUCUGAAAGACAAUGACGAUAUUUUUGUGACUAAAGCUGACAAAGGCCAAGUCACGGUCGUGAUGAACAAAGAUACCUAUGUCAACCAGAUGACUGAAGCACUAAAUGACAAAAACACUUACAGGAUACUCCCAAAAGAUCCUAUAAGACGAAUCACUAACAGAUUACAUGAUCUAAUCAAAUCGUGGCGUGACAACGAUAUCAUUGAUAAUUCGAUUUAUAAACACUUAAACUGUACUAAUGGCAAUCUCCCACGUUGUUACGGCCUACCUAAGAUUCAUAAGCCUGGUUACCCUUUACGCAUUAUCGUGUCGACAGUUGGUAGUCCGUUGUAUACUAUAUCCCGAUUUCUACAUAAUAUCCUUUUUGAUUCCGUGCCUAAACCAAAAUCUCACAUUAAUGAUGGUUGGUCCUUUACGAAAGAGAUCACCAUGCACUCAAUUCAACCACAUGAAAUCAUGGUUUCAUUAGAUGUUACUUCUCUGUUUACUAACGUUCCUUUGGAACUCGUACGAAGUGGCAUCGAAAAAAGAUGGCUUGAGAUCUCCCGAUCCAUUAGCUUAAAUUUACCACAGUUUCUCUACGCUGUUGAAUUAAUCCUCAACUCCACUAGCUUCACGUUUAAUAAAAAGGUUUAUGAACAGAUAUAUGGUACUCCUAUGGGCUCGCCGUUGUCCCCAAUCUUAGCGAACAUUGUAAUGGACGACUUAGAGACCACCUGUUUAGAAUCCCUGAUUUUUUAA